AUGCCCCAAGGAACCUUCACCCAUUUCCUAAAAUAUCUCUUCGUCGACGGCGCCUACAUAAACUGGUUCGCCCCACUGGCCAUCGCCUUCUACGGCAUCGUCUCACUCGGCUGUCUGAACUCCGCGAUCCUUGUAAAACUCUACCUCGCCGCCAUCUCCCCCUCCACCGGUACUAUCAUCCGCAUCGGCUACUUCGGCAUCUGCAUCUCCACGCCCACCGUGGCUAACUGGACGUGCAGCCGCUUUAUUAAAGGCGAUCACGGGCUGGACGACAGCCAUGUAAAGCUCAUCAAAGCGGUCAAGAAAAUGCAGUAUGGGGCGAUGUACCCGCUUCCCGCUGGCGCUGCUAUCCUCUUAUUCAUCAUCUUCGUAUCGUUUCUGGUCUUUCGGAAUCGCCCGGGGAAGAAGGCAGGGUAUGCGAUUGUGGCGGCGUGGGUGAGUGUGGCGAUUGGGUUUGCGGGCGCGCUGAAUCCGAUGAUGUUGGGGCAGGCGUUGGGGUAUGCGGCGCCCGUGUAUGGGAGUCAGGUGAGCAUGAAGAUUAGUCUGGGGAAUGUGGUGUUGACGUGGAUGGCGUUUGCGGCGCAUUUGGGGUGGGUGCUGUUGGUGGUUUGGUGGCAGAAGAAGCGGGGUGGUGGUGGUGGUGGGGAUUAUGGGAUGGAUGAGGAGGAGGGCAAGAUGGAGUAUGAGCAGCAGGAGCCGCCAUAUCCUGCGGGGUAUUAG